UCAAAUUUACUGUGCCUGAAUAUGGAGGUGUUUGCUAAGAGUUGUGUGGUUGUAUCCACGUUAAUAUUCAUUGGAACGUUUGUAGAGGUUUUCCCCUACGUGGCUGGGGGAGGCUGUGGCUGUUCCCCGCUGUGGACCUCCUAUAAUGGACACUGUUACAGAUUCUUCAACGAUAGGAACAUUUCGUGGAUAGAUGCUGAGCUUCGAUGUCGGUCGUUCUCGAUUCCGUGUGGUGACUUGACCUCGACCCAAUCCAUCGCUCACCUUGUCUCAGUUCACUCCCAGGAAGAGAUGGAUUUCCUGACAGCAAUGUACGAAUCACUACGGUCCAAACGAGGUCCCAGUCGAGUAUGGAUUGGUCUCCACGACAAAUCCACUGAAAACCGUUCGGAAUGGAUAGACGGGACGGCUGUUAACUUCACAGAUUGGGCGCCAGGCCAGCCCAAUGAUCGCAACGGUUUCCACGACUGCACGUUCUUCGCGAAAUGGGGCGACUAUCAAUGGAAUGAUAUGGCAUGCGAUCCAGAAAAUGUGGAAUCAUACAUCUGCAAGCAUCCAAAAUGGUGAACAGUGAACUUUAAUGAAGCAAAUCCCGAAGAUGAUGAUUGUUUAGAAAUAAUCGGCCGACAUGCGAAGGAAGAUCGAGAGUACCGAGGGUGCCCCCCCAUCGAGACUUUUUGUCCAGCUGGUCAACUGAUUCAUACAUCACUGCCCCCCCCCCCCACUUCCCAGUGGUCAAUUACGGAAUUGCUCAUAUUGCCUAUUGACAUGUAUGAAACAAGAAUUUACAGGGUCUACUAUGUAGGACUCUUCAUUUUCUGGACAAAAAUAUCGUCACCCACGAAGGAAAAGUUGAUAAAGAAAAAGAUUGUGAUUGUAAUUACUUUUGCACCCAGAAAAGUUCUUCAACAACCUGAACCUCUUGUAAAUAAAACAUUUAACCAGAGAUAUGAAAGUAAAGCUAAAAUUCUUGAACUGAGAGCUCAUACAUUUCUAAAGCAGGGUCGAUUUCUUUUUUUACCUCAGUGGGGAAGUUGUUUUAACUUGCCAUCUCACAUAAGAGAUUAGUGAUUUUUAACAUUACUCGCAUAGGCCUUAUUGGAAUCAUUUCCAAUUCGUCUCAUGCUAAUUCGUCAAAUUGCCAACUCGUAUAUUAUUAUUUGGUCUACCAUCAGUUCGUCAUUCAUCACAUCACAUGUUCUACUUUCAUUUACACUC